GCAUCGUGUGUGCCGUCUCGCGCAGUGCAUUCUGGCAGCUGUUGCAGUGCGCCAGAGAUCCUCGCCCCUGCAGCGGGUGCGUGGUGGCCCGCUUUCGCCUUCAGGAACGCCCGAAGCCAGCAUUCGGGCACCAAUCACCCGCCUUCGAGGGCCCGUCACGAGGACUGUCGUCGCUCUCUCCGAACCGCCGCACCCCUCCAAGCAGCAGCCACACGUCGGGCCGUGAACGAGGGAAAGUCGGCACCGCGUUGGACUUGUAGCAGGGCGCUAUGUAGGGCGUAAGCUACGGAUGACAUUCCGCUCUCGCACAUUUCGCCAUUUAUGCGAACCCCACAUCCACCUCGGCUUCGACGGUCAAAGCCGGCAGCUUCUCCACCUCGUGGCUCGUAGUCGUGUGUAACCCUGUUGUAGGGCUGCGCUUCAUCAUACUCGAUAUUGUUUUGCUUGCAGUUUGGCCUGUCUUUGCGUCACAAUGUCCGACACUUUACUCACCGAGCGAGGCCUUUUCGUUGCCGGAGCUGCGAUAGCGCUGUUCAUCGUUUACCAGGCGGUCCUUUCGUUGAAGACCAGGCCGACCAGGGCGAAGUCGCUGCGGAUAAGCGAGAUAUACGUGUAUCCGAUCAAGUCUCUUCGCCCCACCAAGCUCACAUCGGCCUUGGCGACCAGGUAUGGCUUUGAGCAUGACCGUGUAUUCAUGCUGCUGCAAGUCGUACCAGAUGGCUACAAGAAUAUGGCGGUAUCCAAGUACCCUGAUAUGACCCAGUUUCUCACGUCUAUCGAAGACCGGAAAGACGGACAAGCAGUAGUCAAUGUCACCUUCAGAGCCUUUGGCAGUGGACAAAAGACAAACACAUUAAGCGUACCACUCGCACCGGAGACGGGGAAGCUGGAACCAUUCAAUGUAGACAUGCAUGGAAGCCCAACUGCCGCUUUCAAGAUGCCAAAUGAGUACAACGCAUGGUUCUCCGAAUGUUUCGGUUACCAGGUGGUGCUUGUUUAUCUGGGAAACAACAAGCGUGAAGUUCUAUGGACGGAUCUCGUACAAACGAAAAACGCGUCUCUCCUUGCUCAAGUUCCUGUGCUCGGCUCUGCCAUACCACAGACUCCGAAGAUCACCUUCGCAGACUGCGCUCCGUAUCUGGUGGUGUCAUCGACUUCGGUCGACAAUGUUUCGUCAAGGCUCGCCCCAGACGAACCUAUGGAUGUCACAAAGUUCCGUCCCAAUAUUGUCUUGUCCGGUGCCGAUGAGGCUUGGGAUGAAGACUACUGGGGCAAGGUACGAAUCGGCAGCGUUGAUCUGAUCAUGAAGCACAACUGCGUGCGCUGCGCAAGUAUCAAUGUCGACUACGAAACAGGCAAGCCAGGAACUGGUGAAUCAGGACAAGUCCUAAAAAAGCUACAAAAGGAUCGGAGAAUUGACAAAGGCGCCAAGUGGAGUCCCGUCUUUGGCCGAUAUGCUUUUUGGAGAGGGAGGAAUAACGAACAAGUCUUCAGAGUCGGAGACGAAGCUGUCGUCACUGAUCGCAACAAAGACCGAACUGUUUUCAAUUGGCCCGGCAUCGGAUAAAGCAGAACGUGCCGAACAUCGAGGGAAGAGCUACGUGUGGGUAAGUAUAGCAAAAUCCAUCUUACUCGACUCAAGCGUCUGCUGGGGGGAUAUGGAGUGGCAGUCAUGAUGUCGAAACCAUGAGAGAAUAGACUCAUUCAACAAUGUAUUCGAGUAAUAUUAGUAAGGGUGUGGGUUGAAUUGCUA